AUGUCGUGUUUCCGCAAGAGCAGCUCGUCACAUGCUCGGCUGGCCGAGGGCGACCCAGAGGCGCAGGAGAACGGCGGACGGCGGACGACGCUGCAGCGGCUGGCGGCUGACUUUCAGACGACCAAGCGUGUGGUGCCGUACCUGUGGCCUGCGGGCGAGACGGGGCUAAAGGUGCGAGUCGUGGCCGCACUGGUUUUCAUGGCGUUCUCCAAGAUCCUCACCGUCAUGCUGCCGCUCUUCUACAAGGCAGCGAUCGACGCGCUGACCACGAGCCCGCCGACCAUGCCAACUGGCAUCAUCAUCGGGUAUGGGCUGGUCCGGCUCGGCUCGCAGGCGUUCUCGGAUGGCCGCGACGCGACGUUUAUCAAGGUGACGCAAAACGCACUGCGGAGCGUGGCGCUUCGGACGUUCACCCAUCUCCACUCGCUCUCGCUCGACUUUCAUCUCAAGCGCAAGACCGGCGGCGUGCUGCGCGCCAUCUCGCGCGGUACGCGCGGCAUCUCGACGAUUCUCUCGUUCUUCCUCUUUAACAUCGGGCCGAUCAUUCUCGAAGUGCUCUUUACCUGCGGCAUCCUGCUGGUGCAAUACGAGGGCUGGUUUGCGCUCAUCACGUUUGUCACCAUUGUGACGUACAUUGUGUGGACGCUAGUCAUCACCGAGUGGCGCAACAAGUUCCGCCGCGAGAUGAACGCCAAGGACAAUGACGCCAACGACAAGGCGGUCGACUCGCUGCUCAACUACGAGACGGUCAAGUACUUCUCCAACGAAGGCCAUGAGCAGAACCGGUACGACUUUGCGCUGCGCGGGUACAUGAAGGCGGCGAUUGCGUCGCAGUCGUCCCUGAUGGUGCUCAACGUGGGGCAAGCCGGGCUCAUUGCGGUGGGGGUCACAUCGGUCAUGCUUCUCGCGGCAAGACGGGUGGUCUCAGGCCACAUGACGGCGGGUGACUUUGUGCUUGUCAACACGUACCUGCUCCAGCUCUACCUCCCGCUCAACUUUCUGGGCUCGUCGUACCGGAUGAUCAAGCAGGGGCUCGUCGACGUGGACUCGAUGAUGCAGCUCCUGGACGUUCCGCGCGACGUGGUGGACGUACCGGUGCCCGAGGCGCUGCCGACACCGCUGACGGGUGCGGUGGAGUUUAACGACGUGUACUUUCGGUACCGCGACGAUGUUGCGGUCCUCAACGGGGUCUCGUUCGAGGUGCCUGCAGGCGGGUCGCUCGCGCUUGUGGGUGCGUCGGGCGCCGGCAAGUCGACGAUCGCGCGGCUGCUGUACCGGUUCUACGACGUUAACAGUGGGGCUAUUCUGCUCGACGGGGUGCGAAUCGACGAGGUCGACCAGGCGGCCCUGCGGCGGCAGAUCGGUAUUGUACCGCAGGACACUGUCCUGUUCAACGACACACUCGGAUACAACAUCCGGUACGGCAACCCACGGGCGUCGCACGAGCAGGUGGUGGCGGCGGCGCGCGCGGCGCAGAUCCACGAGUUUGUCGAAUCACUGCCCGAGGGCUACGAGACCAAGGUGGGCGAGCGCGGCCUCCGACUGUCGGGCGGCGAGAAGCAGCGAGUGGCCAUUGCGCGGGCGCUGCUCAAGGAUCCACCGGUGAUGAUUUUCGACGAGGCGACGUCGGCGCUCGACACCCGGACCGAGCGCGAGAUUCAGGACGCGCUGGCUUCGGCGGCGGUGGGGCGGACAACCAUCACGAUUGCGCACCGGCUCUCAACGAUUGUCGACGUCGAUCAAAUCGUCGUCCUUGGCGACGGGUGUGUGCUCGAGCGCGGGACCCACGACGAGCUGGUUGCCCGCGACGACGGCGCGUACGCCGCGCUGUGGGAGGAGCAGCAGCGGGAGCAGUUCUAG